AUGGGACACAACCUGGGAAUGUCCCACGACCAGGCGGGCUGCUACUGUCAGGCCGGGGCCUGUAUCAUGGCGCCCUCCAUCGGCCGAAAGUUCCCGGACAAGUUCAGCUCCUGCAGCCACCAGAACUUCCAGAGCUUCGUGUUGUCCCGAACAUCCUCCUGUAUUCGCAACAUCCCCAACAUCCACGAGGUGAUCGGCGAAGCCGUCUGCGGCAACCGCUUCGUGGAGAGGGGGGAGGAGUGCGAUUGCGGCACUCCAGAGGAAUGUCAGAACGACUGCUGUAACGCGGAGACGUGUGAGCUGCGCGCGGGCGCUCGGUGUGCCGACGGGGACUGCUGCCAUGAGUGCAUGUUCUCUGAGCCGGGCAGUGUGUGCCGUCCGGAGAAACAUGAUUGUGACCUACUGGAAAUGUGCGACGGCAGAUCGAGUCAGUGUCCGGAGGACACUUACCGGAUGAAUGGGUCUCCGUGUCAAAAGAACACCGGCUUCUGCUACAACGGAGAAUGUCCGAACACCAAGAAGCAGUGUGUGGCUUUGUGGGGUCCAGGAGCCCGACCGGCCCCCGACGUCUGCUUCAACAACAAUCGACGAGGGAAUUCAUACGGUCACUGUCGCAAGAUCUCACCGAAUACCUUUAAAGCUUGUGAUGCAAGGAUCUCCGAGUCGCUGACUCCAUUUCAGCGAGUUAUCCACCCGGAGGAGAUGUGGCUGUACAAAAAUCCCCGGACGGAGAUCGAUCGAGUUCCCACCUGGCAAAUGUUUGCCAUUUCCUUCCUGACCCCACUCUUCACCAUAUUCUUCAUGAGGUUGUUGAACAAAUCUGAGGCCGGUGACGUGAAGGAAGGCUGUUUAGCCGCGACUCUGGGCUUGGUUUUGAACGGCGUCAUCACCAACACCAUUAAGCUGGCGGUCGGCAGGCCGCGACCAGAUUACUUUUUCCGCUGUUUCCCGGACGGAGUGGAGACCAAGGACAUGCUGUGCACCGGGGAUCCCAGCGACAUCACCGAGGGCCGGAAAAGCUUCCCCAGCGGCCACUCCUCCUUCGCGUUUGCCGGGCUGGGCUUCACGUCGCUGUACUUGGCCGGGAAGCUGCACUGCUUCAACUCGUGGGGCCGGGGGAGAGGAUGGCGUCUGUGUGUGAUGCUGCUGCCCCUGUACUGUGCGGCCACCAUCGCCAUGUCCCGGGCCUGUGACUACCGUCACCACUGGCAAGAUGUGGCGACCGGCUCCCUGAUCGGCCUGGCUCUGGCCUACACGAGUUACCGGCAGCACUACCCGUCCCUGUCCGACCCCGAAUGCCACAAGCCGUACGCGGCGCGGAGCAGGUCAGCGGGGACCCAGGACAGGAAGCUCAACAGCUCCAGCUUCAAGCUCGACGUGUAGAGACCCCGGGACCACCAACCACCACCACCAACCAACGUAGAGAUCCCAUCCACCCAACGACCGGACCCUCAAGACCCGCAUAUUAACCCGUUCGUUCGUCUCCGGUCAGAAGCCGUAACCUAUUUAUUAUCGGGACCAUAUUACGUCGCCUAGAGAUAGUGACACACACACACCCGACCGACCACACAGAACAUGUGAGCGAGUGAGUGAGUGAGUGAGUGAGCGAGUGAGUCGAUACGAGGGAAUUAAAGGGGCUGGCAAGCGAGCAGAACAGAACCCACCAUAGCAGGUCCUACUUCUAUCGUCCGACGCAGCGCCUUAUCACGUCGCCGAGACGUCUCAAAGCGCUUCACGG